AACAAUAUUGAUGUUAUAUCUUUUUAUCCUAAAAUUAUGAUACAUCUCAAACGGAACAAAUCCUAAUUUGGGCGGCAAGAAUCUCCAAUUAUGCUGUUUUGUGAAACCCCAGAAGAAUGCCAAGAAAAGAUAGUGGAUGAUCCUUAACCUGCACCCUCCGGCAUGGCUUCUGUUUUUAUUUUCAAAAAGAUUUGUUCUUUUUUCUUUAAAUGUUGUUUCUUACCUCUACCCAACAUAAAAAAUGAAGCUUUUUUAUGGAAUCACUCUUUUCUCUUUCAUUUUAUUAUUUUUGGUACCUGGGUCUUUUUCCUUUGAUAAUUUUCAUCAACCGUUUCCCAUUGUAGAGCCUGAUUAUGGUCACACAAAACUUCGCCUUGCCACACAAGGACUUGAGGCAAUACAGAGGAUAACAACACCCAUUGCAGCUGUCGCUGUGAUUGGUCCAUAUCGUUCAGGAAAAUCGUUCCUUCUUAAUCAGCUUCUUUCCCUCUCUUGUAAUGAAGGUUUUGGUGUUGGGCAUAUGCGUGAUACUAAGACAAAAGGAAUAUGGGUUUGGGGUACUCCAAUAGAGUUGGACAUUGAUGGAGUUACAACUUCUGUUUUCUACCUUGACACUGAAGGUUUUGAAAGUGUUGGAAAGUCAAAUGUAUAUGAUGAUCGGAUUUUUUCCCUUGCAACUGUUCUGAGUUCGGUGCUUAUAUAUAAUCUACCUGAGAUGAUCCGUGAAGCUGACAUAUCGCGACUAUCAUUUGCCAUUGAACUUGCUGAAGAGUUCUAUGGAAGAGUGAAGGGGCAAGACGUUGCGUUCGAACCAGCAAAACUCCUAUGGCUUAUCCAGCGUGAUUUUCUACAAGGAAAGUCUGUGCAAGAAAUGGUCAACGAAGCUCUACGACGAGUCCCUAAUAGUGAUGGCGACAAAAAUAUUGAUAAGGUGAAUCAGAUUCGAGAUUCAUUAGCAGUAAUGGGCGACAAUAGCACAGCCUUUAGCUUACCACAACCUCAUCUUCAGCGUACGAAGCUUUGUGACAUGAAAGAUGUUGAACUGGAUCCUGAUUAUGUCAAGAAGAAGGAGCAAUUGAAAGAAAUUGUUGCAUCUAUCGUUCGUCCAAAGAUUGUCCAGGGUAAAUUUCUCAAUGGGAAGGAGUUUGUAUCGUUCCUUGAGCAGAUACUUGACGCCUUGAAUCAAGGAGAGAUUCCAUCUACGGGCUCCCUUGUGGAGGUUUUCAACAAGGGUAUUCUAGAGCGUUGUUUAAAACUGUACACCGAGCAGAUGGCUAAAGUGGUUUUACCAAUGCAAGGGGAGUCUUUACAGAAAGCUCAUGAAGAGCAGAGAGACACAGCAAUGGAAGUUUUUGAGGAACAGCAUUUUGGUCGUCGCCAUGCAAGGAAAUCAGUUGAUCAAUUGGAAGAGGACAUUGAGAAGGUGUAUAAGAAUAUCAAGUUGGCAAAUGAAUAUCAGUCCUCAACUCUGUGCGAAGCGUUGUAUACUAGAUGCGAGGACAAAAUGGAUGAACUUCAGGCCCUCAGACUUCCUUCAAUGGCCAAAUUCAACGCUGGCUUCCUCCAAUGCAACCAUAGUUUUGAAAGAGAAUGUGUUGGACCUUCUAAAAGCAACUAUGAACAGCGGAUGAUCAAGAUGUUGGGAAAGUCAAAAUCUGUAUUCAUUAAAGAAUAUAAUCAGAGAGUGUUCAACUGGCUGGUGGUUUUCUCACUUGUCAUGGUGGUGUUAGGGCGGUUUGUUAUAAAGUUUUUUCUGGUUGAGAUUGGUGCAUGGAUACUGUUUAUCUUCUUAGAAACGUAUACGAGGAUGUUUUGGUCUGCUGAGUCGCUUUACUACAAUCCAGUCUGGCAUUCUUUUCUGGCAACUUGGGAAUCACUUGUGUAUAAUCCUAUUCUUGAUUUGGACAGAUGGGCAAUUCCCAUUUGUGUUAUAGCUGCAAUAUUUGUGUUUUAUCGGCGAUGUUACGGAAGAAUGCAACGUGGUCCUAGGUGGUCAUUACCUGUGUACAGCAAUCAGCGAAGAUCAGAGUAAGUGAAUGGUUUCCAUUUUUAUUACAAGGUCGGAGUCAGAUGUAGGGCAGGUUUGAAGGUUCAAUAUAUCCCAGCUAGACUAUGUAUACAUAACUGUACAGGUCAUAAACUUUGUUGUAAUUCUUACAAAUUAAUUGCCAUGCACACAUACAUAGCUUCAGAACACUAUGACGUGAAAGAGUGCCAACUGAUUGGAAUUUACUUGUUCGAUACAAAGUUGUAUGAAUAUUUUCUUUUGUAAAUAAGGGUUUUAUAUU